GCGCCAUUCGGUGAAAACUUAAAACAAAUUUAACUUGUGUCAGUUUACUACAACUUCAACUAUCAUAAAUUUGCAAGCCAAAUCCCUGUUGAAAGUUCUAAAACAGGGAUCAAACUAUAAACAAAGUAUAAAGCAAACAGAUAUAAUUCAAAAUGACUGAUGAUAUGCCCACAUUCAAAUGCGUGCUGGUAGGCGACGGUGGUACUGGCAAAACUACAUUUGUGAAACGGCACUUGACUGGAGAGUUCGAGAAAAGAUAUGUCGCCACAUUGGGUGUUGAAGUACAUCCGCUAGUAUUCCACACAAAUCGAGGACCGAUCAGAUUUAACGUUUGGGAUACGGCCGGUCAAGAAAAAUUCGGUGGUCUUCGAGAUGGUUAUUAUAUCCAAGGUCAAUGCGCUAUCAUCAUGUUCGACGUAACCUCCCGAGUCACCUACAAAAAUGUACCAAACUGGCACAGAGACUUGGUGCGCGUCUGUGAAGGUAUUCCCAUUGUGCUGUGUGGUAACAAAGUUGACAUCAAGGACAGAAAAGUCAAAGCGAAAACAAUCGUUUUCCACAGGAAAAAGAAUCUUCAGUAUUAUGACAUUUCCGCCAAGUCAAACUACAACUUCGAGAAGCCCUUCCUUUGGUUAGCUAGAAAGUUAAUUGGUGAUGGCAACUUGGAAUUUGUUGCUAUGCCCGCCUUGGUCCCCCCAGAAGUCACCAUGGACCCUCAAUGGCAGAACCAAAUCGAGAAAGAUCUCAAGGAAGCCCAAGAUACUGCUCUACCAGAAGAGGAUGAAGACUUGUAAAUAUAGAUUGUUAAUAAAUUCCUAAUGCCCUCUUACUAUUUAAAAGUUGUAAGUUUUCCAAUGAAAUUAGAUCGAUAGCAUCACAGACAAUAGUCUUACAUUUUUAUGUUAAUAUUUGAUCUGAUCUCAAUGGAAAACAAGCCGAAGUUGUAUGUACACACUGUGUCAUUUGUUCUUUCAUUCCAUUAGGUUCCAGAUAUAUGAAAGUUAGGUUCAAUUGUUGAAAUUUGUGUAUUGACUAAUCCAUUUUUAUUAUUUUCUAUGUUGCGCAUGUAACAUUAAUUUCUUUCUGGAACAAUUGAUAUUGUAAAAUUUGUAAAAUGUUUGCUUUAUUCUUAAUGUAAUAAUGUCAGCAAGAUCUGAGAUAUAAGCAGUUUACUAUUGUAGUAAUUUCAAGUUAUGAAUGACAUAAUAACGCCAGUGAAACUUAUUCCAUUGUUAUGUACUAAAACUGUAUUUUGAUUUUGUUUAUCAAUUCCUUGUUUUAUCAUCCAGCUUUUUUUUCUAAAUAAAUUGUGAUGGAAACCUAAAA